AUAACGAAUGGAGCGAAGAAGAAAAGUGAGGAGAGUGAUAGGGUGUAUGGAUCUCCAUCUUCAUAAACGAAGAAGAGGAGUGAAAAAGAGUGAGUGGGAGAGAAAUCGGAUGUCUUCAUCUCGAUUCAUCAUCAGAUCCCUCAUUUUCUAUCUCCCAGUAACAACUCGGUAAAAAAGAAGAAUCCGAAAUCGCUUUUCUAUUGAAAUCUUGUGAAAAUCCUCUCUGGAGGUGAGAAAUCUGAGGAAAGAAGAAAGACCUAGUUGAGGAGCCUUCUUUUUGUGUAAUUCUGCCUAGUGACCUUGUAAAACUCAAAAGCAAUUUUCCUCCAAGUAGUUUCUUUUGUCCUGUGUAGAUAUUAUUUUUGAAAUUUGCAUUAGAUCCAGGCAUAUAAGUGAAAAAAACUCUACGGAUUUGCCUCAAAACGACUGUUUUAGUCUCUGUAUCUGCUCUUUUUUGAGGUUCUAACACAAACCAAAUGGCCAAUAGCUGAGAAGCCUCAUCAGCCUACAUAUUUGCAUCCAAGUCGAAACAGCUUCUUUAGUCUCCUACUGUUGUUACAUUGUGAGAUUCGUUUCAAAAAAACCACAGGGAGUCUGCCUUUGAUCUCAUACAGAACAGUAGGGAUUUUCUCAAUCUGGUUGGGUUGAUCCCAUAGAGCUGUUCUGUAACUCUACACGCACUGUUGGCUAUUUUUCUGGUGAGUUAGUUGCAGAGUGACAACAGAAAAAAUGUCGUCGGCAUUUCUACAUCAGAGGCAGCAGCAGCAGCAGCCUCUGGUGAACCCUUAUCCUAUUUCGCCCCGGUCUCCAGUUGGCGGUCAACAAAGUUCCAUUCCUCUUUUCAGCCGCACUAGUCUUUUCAUCAUGUUGUCCCUUAUGGUUGUUCUUGGAGUUCUUUUCCCUUGGAUGGGCUUGCCUGAAGCCCUCUUUUCCGGAAACAGAGUCUCUCUUUCAAGAUGGCGGGAUUACACCCUGGCUGAGGCAGCAGCUUUCGUGGCAAAGAAUGGGACUGUUAUAGUCUGUGCGGUGAGCCAGCCAUAUCUACCCUUUCUAAACAACUGGUUGAUCAGCAUUUCGAGGCAGAAGCAUCAGGAUGAGGUGCUUGUUAUUGCUGAGGAUUAUGCAACCCUUUACAAGGUGAACCAGAAGUGGCCUGGUCACGCCGUCCUCAUCCCGCCUGCACCCGAUGCACAAACUGCCCAUAAAUUCGGUUCUCAGGGAUUCUUCAAUUUUACAUCCCGCAGGCCUCGUCACCUGCUACAUAUUUUGGAGCUUGGAUACAAUGUGAUGUACAAUGAUGUUGAUAUGGUCUGGAUGGCGGAUCCAUUUCCCUAUCUCGAGGGGAAUCACGAUGUUUACUUCACGGAUGACAUGGCUGCGGUGAAACCUUUGGAUCAUUCUCAUGACUUGCCACCUCCGGGGAAGAAGGGGCGCACUUACAUAUGCAGCUGCAUGAUUUUCCUGCGUCCGACAAGUGGUGCAAAGGAAGUGAUGAACAAAUGGAUUGAAGAACUCCAAGUUCAGCCGUGGUCCAAAACAAAAAAGUCAAAUGAUCAACCUGCAUUUAAUUGGGCGUUAAACAAAACUGCUGGACAGGUGGAUCUGUAUCUGCUGCCCCAGGCUGCAUUCCCAUCAGGAGGACUCUACUUCAAAAACCAUACAUGGGUUCAGGAAACCAAGGGAAUGCAUGUCAUCAUCCACAACAAUUACAUCACCGGUUUUGAUAAGAAGAUAAAACGCUUCCAUGAUUUUGGGCUGUGGUUGGCGGAUGAUCAUGCCAACGAAUCACCACUCGGCGGAUUAUAAAAUGGUUGCCCUGGGUAAUUUCUGCCCUAAUGGCACCGGCCACCUCCUAAAAGUUCUUUUCCUGACGGACCUACACUGCAGGAGCCUAUAUCCAAGAGAGAUGACUUGUGGCACCUGUGCAGGCAAUAAGUGGGCCAUGAAUCCUUCCAUUGUCCAUCUGCGGGAUGGUUGUAACAGGGAUGUAGGGUAAAGAAUAAUUUUUGUGUGGAGACUUUCUACCCAUGGAUAGCUGCAUUUGGACCUAACAUACACGAUAGAAUAUUUAUUUUUUCAUUGAAACCUGUCCCAUGGAAAUGUUUGUCUU